CGUUGUCAUGCAUUUUCAGGCGACCACUUACGGUUAGUUUAUGAGUCCCGCCCACCUGAACAGUCGCUGCUAUUGGCUCACAGACACGUCAAUCACCAAGACUCGUAAUCCCAUUGGCCAAUGCGCUUCUGGAGAGUUGUGUCAAAGACAGGCUGCUUAACUUGUGUGUCCUCUCAGCUACAUGUUAGGAGGAGUCACAUGGGACAUUAUACCUUCAUCUGUUAGGUGAACUUUCAACAGUCGUGUUUAACCUGUCACCCACUGCACCUCCUCACAAUCUGACCACUCAGACAACAAGAUGGCAAGCUUCGGCAGGCUCUCCACCAAGGAUACAGUGCUCUUACUGUGUGACAUGCAAGAGAAGUUCAGACCGAACAUCUUCCAGUUCACCAACAUUGUCAGCAAUGCAUCCAGAUUGUUGCAGGCCAGUCGUGUUCUGGGCAUCCCCGCCAUUGUGACAGAGCAGUACCCUAAAGGCUUGGGUCCAACAGUACCGGAGCUGGGAAUAGGAGACCUGACACCUCAUGCUAAAACUUCAUUCACCAUGAUGAUAGAGGAGGUGGAGAGGGAGCUGCAGUCCCUGGGGAACCCCAAGCGGGCUAUACUGUGUGGAAUAGAGGCACACGCCUGUAUUGCAUGCACAACAUUUGACCUGCUGGAAAAGGGAAUGGAGGUUCAUAUUGUGGCUGAUGCCGUCUCAUCCAGAAGCCAGACAGACCGUUUGUUUGCUCUGUCCCGACUGAAGCAGAGCGGAGCUUACCUCACCACCACAGAGGCUGUUAUGCUGCAGCUGGUUCAAGACGCCAAACACCCCAACUUCAAGGAGAUCCAGAAGCUUUUGGCCCAGCCGUCCCCUGACACCGGCCUCCUCGCCUUCUUCAGCGCUCUGUAGGGAGAUCAUCAUCUGUCAUUCUGUCCCAAAGAUACUGUACAGAAUUUCACUGCUUUAACUAAUAAAGUGAUGCUGCUAUAAAUCUGUA